GGCGCACCACGGCCCCUAGGAAGAGCCCCAUUGCCAAGCCCCCCACAAAGGCCGUCAUUCGGAGAACGUCCAACGGCAAGAAGGACGGCACCGGUGAGAAGAAGAUUGGGAGACGCCGCGGGCCCCUGCUGCCUGAGCAGAGAAAGCAGGCCAGCGAGAUCAGAAAGCUGCGGGCCUGCCUGCGGUGCAAGUUCCUCAAGAAGACCUGCGACAAGGGUGAGCCCUGUGCCGGCUGCCAGCCCUCGCACGCCCGCCUCUGGCAGGUCCCCUGCACACGUAUCGAUAUCAAGGACAUUGGCUUCUUCAUGAAGGACUGGAAGGCCGACUACGAGAGACAUCUCGACCGCGGCGUGUCCGUCUACAACGUCAAGGGUUUUGCCCAGAAGGAGACUCUCAUGUGGAUCACCCACGGCUACGGCUUCUGCCUGCCCGUCAUGGUGCGCGAGGUCUUUGUGGCCGACGAGAGCUGCUUCCAGGUCGACUGGGUCGAGUCCCACCUGACGGACCAGGAGCCCAUCGACUUCGAGAUCCGCACCGAGAAGCUGGACGUCGGCCGCGAGGGCGUCUCCAUGGAUGCCCUGUCCGAGUACCUCGACAAGCACAUUGACCAGUCGUUUGAGACCUUCAUCGACGACCACUUCGAGGGCACCCCCUUCAUCACCGAGAUCCUCAAGACGGCCCACCGCUUCUACAUGAAGGAGAAGAUGCCCGUCAUCCGCAAGGCGCUCAAGCUCGUCCUGGCCUACAACCUGACCCUGCACAUUACCAUGGUCGAGCAGCAGGGCUCCGAGGACCAGCUGGACGGACAGAUCGAUGACGAGGACUCCAAGUACUUUGGUAAGGUGGUGGCACCCGUUAUGAUCAACUUCCAGAUCAAGUGCGCCAUGGCCGACAUGUGGCGCGAGCUGCAGAAGGACAUCCUCGAGGAGCUCUCGGCCCUUUACUCGAGCGUCUACAGUGGCGAUCGCCUCAAGAACUGGCCCACCAUCUUCAUGCUCGCCUCCAUCCUCCUCGCCGUCUGGGAGGAGAUGCAGUUUGACUGCCACUACCGCGUUCCCGACCCUGUGGCUGUCAACAAGUUCUGUGCCGACAUGGAGACCAUCCCCGUCGGCGUCAUUGUCGGCCUCUUCCACGCCAUCUCCCAGAAGCUGCCCGCCUUCACUGAGUGGGAUACCCGCCGCCACGGCCAACUUCUCAACAACAAUCCCGCCGUCUGUGAGGCCAUGACAGAGGUCCGCCAACACGUUCUCAAGCAUGAGGCGUAUCUGCGGACAAGGCCCGACACCAAGUUUGACAGGGACGACUUUGACUCCCUGUCCAACAAGUUCCUGUCCAAACUGGUGAUUCGCGCUAACUGAAGCGGUCCUCCCCAGGACUCGUUGUUUUCUUUCUGAGUUUACGUAUGGACGAUUUCUGGAGGGUGGUUUCAUCAUUUCUUUUUUUUUUUUUAUGGAAGCGUCAGGGAAUUUCCUAGUUUUUUGGUGGGCAUGAGAAGCGAAGGCGUUUUUGUGAUUUUUCCUUUUCUAUUUCCUGCCUUUUUUCUAUCGCAUACACACUUGCGCAUCCUCACUCGGCCGGGUCGCCGCCACAAUCGCGACGACAUCCCCAAAGCUCGAGUGCCGGAAAGCAAAUAAAGCUUAACGACACACUUGACGACCACGACGUGUACGACUGAAACACAACAAAGCGCAAAUGAAUUUUUCUGGUCCCAGAAUACACGAGCCAGGACGACAAAAAAAAAAAAAAGACUCGGACAAACAGCGUCUUCAUUUUUAUUUGAUGAGCCCCCACCACCACCUUUUCGCAGGCAAAUGGCAUAUAGAACUUAUUAUAUGCGGCGGCGGCAGCAUUGAACCGGCGUUCGUUAUGACAGGCGAUGAGACUCAUGCCUUGAACGACCAAUGAUGGCAAUUAUUUUUAUUCUUAACAGUGCUUCUCUUUCCCCUUCCUCCUUUCCUCCCCCUCCUUCCCAGGAUCAACUCAUGUUCUGCUGGGAGGGGAAGUGGGAAAAAGGCUGGGGAGCUAUUCACUCGACGACAGACAGUUUUAGAUGCCUGUAUCUUGGUUUUGUUCUUUUGAAAAGCGCGCACUGGUUUUUUGUUUGCUAUGGAAAUUUGAUGGAAAAGUUCAAGUGUGUGAAGGGUGCAGGAGUCAGAGCUAGACGGUCAGAGUAACAAUACGAUCCUCAAAGACUUGGAAAAAAAAAAUACAAAAAAAAAAGGAGCAGUUCAAACCU